UCUCAAUGCGACAGAAGUUCGAAGGCAUUCAAACGUGCGGAACGUGUAUUACGGCGAAAGUGGAAAAGUGGAAAAGCGGAAACGGAAAACAAAUUUAAAAACUAACUGUGUAAAUAAAUAAGCGUAUGUAGGCGCAUGAGAAGUCAGAAAACAUAACAAAUGGAUAUAUUUAAAUGUGUGGAUAAUGGCAUAAAUAUAGUGUCUAAGUGACCCUUAGACAAAGUGUGUUAAUAGCGAAGUAAACAAACGCUCGUUUCUGUGCGCGUUGGCGUGUCUGUUUGGCUAACGUGUGAAUUGGCAAAGAAUGCUGGAUGGCGAGAAUCAUCAAGUGGCAGUGCGAAAAGGAAAAUGAGUGUUUCCUGGUGUGUUUACAACAAUUAUGUGCGUAAUCUAUGUAACUGCGGGGGGUAGUGUGACAAAUACGUGUAAAUAAAAAUAAAAGCGAAAUAACUGCGGGAGUGCGGGAGAGAAUUUAUUUGCAGAUUUAAUUAGUAGUUGGUCGUCAAAAAAAAAUAUGUAUAUUCAUAUGUACAUAUGUAUGUAUAAAUAAAAAUAGUUACAUAAUAAGAAUAAAUAAAAAUAAUAAUUAAUAAAAAUAAAAAUACAUAAAAAAUAAUACUAAUUAAAAAUAAAUAAAAAUGUUAAAGUGCGACUUUUUUGGAGUUUGCGAUUUUUUUAUUGAAAAAAAAAUUUCCAAAAGUUAUAAAUAUUUGCGUGAAUUACUGAACAGUGAUUUGUGAAAGCUUAAAUUCAGUAAAACUGCACAAAAAAUAAUUUUUUAAUAAUUGUUGCUUCAAAAUAUUAAAUGAAAUGGUCAGCCGACUGGAUUUAUGCGACAGAAGUCAAUGGUUCAAAUCCACAACAAAAUGACUGGUGCCGUUGGAAAAUGAGUAGUGUGUAAAAAUGUGUUUGAAACUCUUGUAUCUGCAGUGUGUGACCAUCUUGUUGCUUUCAAUAUUAACGACCGCUACUUUGCGAUUGGCAACAUCCACAACAACAACAAUAACAGGCGCAGAAGCCGCUGGCGCUCCUGCUAAGCGAUUGACUCGUUCUGGCAGAAUAACAGGUGUUACCACCAAUGUAACAUUGCAUGAAAUAGGCGAUAUUGUGCAACUAUUAAUCAGCUGGCAAGACAAUUUGCCAAAAGGUACCUCAUACAAUGUCAUUGUGACUGCCACAAACUACACGAAGUGCAGUGAGCCGCCUUGUAGUGUCUAUGGUGUUAUUAAGGACACCAAAAGCAUGAUCAUACCAGAGAAUCCAAUGACGCAUGUGGAUCAAAACGAGUGUGGCUUCAUGUUUGGCUGUGAUUAUACAGUAUUAGUGGAAACAUCGAAUACGAUGAUAUCCGAACGGGCGACCGUGUCUGUGCCAUAUUGCAUAAUGGGCGUGUGUUCCUGCCGACAUGCCGCAACGCUACCGAAGGUCUUAUCAUCCGUCAAUAUACCCGAUAAUGAGACGAUUAUCUUUGAUUGGGCGAUUAAAUAUGAAAAAAUAAUGGACAAGCAUAAUCACGAAGCCAUAGAUACAAAUCAUCACUGGAAAUUAUAUUUAAUCAUCAGCGAACAAACAAAUCCUUCUCUAUCGUGGGGCGGUCGCCUCUUACCCAUCACAGAGCAUUUGUAUCCCAUAAGAAAUGUGACACAGCUUAACACCAAGGGCACCAUGAAGGGUGUCUUCAAAAUACGUAUACCAAAAGAGAAGCAAUUAGUUGCCAAUGCUGUGCUCAAAAUACGCUCAUAUAUAAUAGACGAUUUGCAAUGCGGCGGCCCAGAGCAUUUCUCAAAUGUUACAGUUCCUGAUUUUUUUAAAGUGGACGAAAACAUUGACGCUGCUGACUUCGAUUUGGGCAUUGCCUUAAUUAUUCUCAGCGCGCUUUUCCUUUGCAUCGUCGUUUUGGCCUUGACAUUUUGCUGUUGGAGACGUAAUAAAAUUGCCAAAUUCCAUAACGGUGUUCUACCGAAGGAAGAACAUUGCCUGGCGCCAUUUUCCACAAUGGUCGAAAUGGAAGACAACAUCAACUACGUCGAUAAAUAUGUUGAGGAGGCACAAGCGAAGGGCUUGGCUGAUGUAUUCGAAAUACCACACACCGCCAUACAGAUUGGACCCGAAAUUGGCGAGGGCGCAUUCGGACGUGUCUAUAAGGCCGUCGCUGUCAACAUACGACGAAUGCGCGGUAGCACCGUUGUUGCUGUAAAGCAACUGAAAAAAAAUCCAACUUCGGAUGAAGUGGGCGAAUUUCUAAGUGAAAUCGAAAUGUUGAAGGGUGUGGGCACACAUCACAACAUCGUGAGUUUCUUCGGCUGCUGCACCAUACGACCGCCAUAUCUGAUGAUCAUGGAGUUCGUGGGUCGUGGCGAUUUGUUAACUUACCUGCGUACCGUGCGUCAGGGUUCGACGAAAUUCAAACCCAACGGCAACGUCGCCUCGUACACAAAUCGCGAAACAGCCGAGCAGCCAAAGCCGAAGGUUAAAUAUAUUGAAUUGAAAUUAUCCACACAAUCGGUGGAUAGUGAAUAUGAGACUGAACGUCAGCCGAAGACAUCUGUCGCGGAGACGACCUAUACUAUAGUUGAAGACGAGGACUAUAAUGAAACCUUUGAGUAUAUUUUGGAUCACAAGGAAUUGCAUAAUUUUGCGUUACAAAUCGCGAAUGGCAUGCGAUUUCUGGAAGAGCAGGAGAUAACUCAUAGAGAUUUGGCUGCGCGUAAUGUACUCAUUGACGAUCGUAAGACCUUGAAAAUAUCAGAUUUUGGUCUAUCCCGCCAUGGUAUUUAUACAAAUACAAAAACUCGAAAGUUACCACUACGCUGGCUCUCUAUUGAAGCGAUACGUGACAAUAUCUAUUCGAACAAAAGCGACGUCUGGGCAUACGGUGUCGUGCUGUGGGAGAUCGGCACUUUGGGCGCCUCACCAUAUCCAACCAUCAGCAAUCAUGAACUCAUACCAUUUUUGCUGUCCGGCAAAAGACUGGAGAAACCUGAAAUCUGCACGGAUCAGGUUUAUGCCAUAAUGAUGCAAUGUUGGGAUGAGAGCGCCGAAAAUCGCCCUACCUUCGAGGAACUCUACAAGGCGUUAAGCCCCAGUGCGGCGUAUGUUGAUAUUAACAGUCUGAGUGAUGAUUAUGUCUUUCCACCGAUUUAGUUAGUAAAUAUACAAUAAGCAAAUGUGAGCAACGAACAUUGCAAUAGUUGUAAAAUAGUCUAAGUUUACACAGCAUGUAAAUAUACAGUUUAGGUAUUUGUAAAUAUGUCAGCUUAUAUUUGUAAUUUGUAUAUUCUUAAAGAUAUUAGUGUACAACUAAAAUGUUUAUUGUAAGUCCGUGUAAAAUGCUUUUAUAAAGUGUUUACUAUAUGAAUGUAAUAAAUAGUAGAUAAGAUGGUUUUACAAUUUCUAGCUGUAUAGAUUAAGGAAAAGCAAACAAGCUUUUGGCGAGAAAAAAAAAAUCGAGGAAUAUCUAAGUAAAAUAAAAAUUGGAAUACAUUUUAAACAGCAAAA